CACUAAUGGCGCGCCUUCGAUUCCCAACAUCAACAAACGCAAUCAAUCAAUAGAAGAAGAAGAAGAAAGAGAUCACAAAAAUGGAUUUGAGAAUGGUAGGCUUCGAUUCUCCACUCUUCCACGCUCUCCAACACCUCGUCGACGCUUCCGACGAACCACUAUCCGCCGCCGGCGACAACAACAACCACAACAAGUCCUCCGGUCCAACACGAACCUAUGUUCGCGACGCCAAGGCAAUGGCAUCCACCCCUGCCGACGUUAAAGAAUACCCAAACUCCUACGUCUUCAUUAUCGACAUGCCCGGUCUCAAAUCCGGCGACAUCCAAGUCCAGGUAGAAGACGACAAUGUCCUUCUCAUCAGCGGUGAAAGGAAAAGAGAAGAAGAAAAAGACGGCGCUAAAUAUGUCAGGAUGGAGAGAAGGGUUGGCAAAUUCAUGAGGAAGUUUGUCCUGCCGGAAAAUGCUGACACAGACGGAAUCACUGCCGUCUGUCACGACGGUGUGCUCACCGUCACGGUGAAGAAACUUCCACCGCCGGUUCCCAAAAAACCCAAAACCAUCCAAGUCAAUGUUGCUUAAUCUUUUCAGGCUUUCAGAAUGGAGAGAAGGGUUGGUUUUCGAAUGUUUUCACUGUUGUUGUACUAUUUUGCGUGUUAUGCAAUAAAUCAGUUUUUCUUUAAA